AUGCCAACCCCUGUUUCGUUGCCGGCGGAAUCACCUCCUCAGCCAAAGGACUUCAAGCAAAGCAGCAGCUGGGCCAUGAACCCACUUUUUGAGGCGUUUUUUGGACCGACAGCUGGUCCGGAUUGGACGAAAGCUUGCGCCGUGACCGAAGCUGAUGCGCAAAUGCUCAAGAUGCAAGAGUCCUCCUUCCUUGGCGUGGAGGGUGCUACAUCUCUCAAAGCCGAGAUCACAGGCAAGAUUCCAGAGCUCAAUUCUGCGGCGCACUAUCGGUCUGCCCGAAAGUUGGUGCAGGAUCUCGGUGGUGCUCUAGCAGUGAAAGAAGAGCUGAUUUAUUCUGGCUAUGUCAACGGUGAAACCUCCAAGCUCACGCUGCUUGAGAGACCGAUGAACAUUUUUGCUCUUCUUGCGAGUGGCAAUUUGAAGCAACCAGAAUCUGAACCGGAACAGGAACUGCUUGGCACCUUCAAGACCAAGUUCAAGAUUUGCAGAAACAAACUGGAGAAUGACAUCAACUGGGAUAACCCAGAUAUGAAGUGGGUGAAAACUUCAUCAAUGGCUCGUUUGCAUCGGUUUUUGACAACAAGAGAUUUGCAUUACCAGUGGUUCAAUCCGCUAAUCUUUGGUCUUGUUCCAGCGGAUGAUGAUGGUGUAGCAGCCAGAGCAGCUCUAGCUGAAGUGGAGCAGAUGAAGUCUGCGGCCCUUCUGUUUGCCAAGAAUGCAGGAUGGUCGGAGAAAAUCGGCCUCUUUGUCAAUGUUUUUGGGCACAACAAUGUGAACUCCUUGUUCAUCCAUGUGCUCGACAUGGCGGAACUUGGACCUGCAUUUAGCUACCAUGCCUUCAAGAAUUUGCCUUUGGAUGACGUCAUCAAGGUCUUGCGUGAGGAGGCUGCCACUAAUUUCCUCCCAGCUCCUGUGAAAACAACAGAUUUGCCAGGCCUUCUUGAGAAAGCAGGGGCAAGGAGGCGAAGAGAUUCAACCCUUGGAGAGAACCACCAGAAUUUGGGAAAUUUCUUUUUUGCGGGAACUGAUGGUGCAACCUCUGUGAAAGCUGAGAUUGUCGGCCGCCUCCCGAUUAUCAAAGAUGCUGCAAGUUUCCGGGCUGCAAGACGGAUGCUCACUGAAGAGCUCGGAGGCAUGGCAACUUUGAAAGAGGAGCUGAAUAGAUCGGGUUUCAUUGACCCAGUGACGGGGAACUUGACAACAGGGACUCGUCCCUUCAAUGUCUUUGCUCGCAUUGGUGGAGGUGUCAUGACACAACCAGGAAUGGACAAGGAGCAGGAAUAUCUUCAAGAGUUUAAAGAUCACUUCAUUAUUUGUAGCAACUUGCCAGCCAACGAUGAGCAUUGGGACUCAGAUGACAAAGAAUGGGUGGGGAAGGCAUCGAUGUCCAAACGCCAUCGUUUCUUGACCAUCAAAGAUUUGCAUUGGCAGUGGUUCAAUGUACUUGGCUUUGGGCUCCUGCCAGAGAGUAAGGGAGGGGCAGGACUUGGUCGAGCGAUUGCUUUGAUAGAAGUGAUGAAGGCCGCAGCUUUGCGCUACACUUCGCUUUGUCCUGGUUGGAGCGAUCGAGUUGGCCUUUUUUAUCACGUCUUCGGGCACAACUCGGUAAACUCUCUCCACCUUCACAUUUUAGACAUGGCAGAAUUAGGUCCAACCUUCUGGCACUUUGAGUACAAGAACUGUCCUCUGGAUGUUGUCUUGAAGGUUUUGAAAGAGGAGGCCUCUGCUAACUCCAUGGGUGCCGAGAACUUGGGUCUCAUGGCAGAGGUCACCGCCGCCGCGAAAGCGGCAGCAGCAGCUGCUGAGGCAGCAGUGGCACAGAAUCGUCCAAGUGUCCGCAUGGCGAAUGGCAUGGAAAUCUUGAACUUAAAUGUGGGUGGCGAACCGUUUUCAGUUUGCAGGGGCACUAUGUUGCAGGCUCCUCCAGAUUCCUUGUUGUACAAGCUCUUUGCCAAGGACAGCGUUCGCCUAUCAAAUUUGGAUGCCAACCAGCGUCCUUAUCUUGAAUAUCCAGCAGUUGCCUUCAGGCACAUCGUCGACCGCCUUAGGCUGCUCUCGCAGCUUGGUGAAGAAGAUGUGCUACAACCUUUGGAGCUUCCCGCCAGCCAGGAGCAGCAAGUGAGAGAGUUGGCAUGGAUCUUGGGAGUGGAGGACAUGGUGCUGAAUAGUGCACAGUUUGGCGGUGACCCUGAACAACCGAAACGGUGGCAUUUGUUGCAGAGGAAGACCUGUGGAUCACAGAUUUGCUUGGGUCCACAGUUUAUCGCCUGGGCUGCCAUGGAGCUUGCCAGCCUUUGCUUUCACCUGGUGGUGCAGACGCCUUUGACCGACCUUCACUAUACCAAGUUGAUCUUUCAGGGAUAUCGUGGUGGGAUGCACGGCUCUGUAUGGCUAAAUUUGGAUGGCACAUUUCAGCCCCUGAAGUUUAAGGAUCCAUUUUGUCCAUCUGAAGUUGGUGUGUUGAUGAAUAUCAGCUGCUUGAUGUGGCAGAGAACUCGAUUGUUUUUCUUGGCCGACCCGGAUGGAUCGGGAAACUUGUGGAGCACGAACCUGAAGGGGGAGGAUUUGCAGAAACACACCGGGCACGAAGUCUUUGAUGUUCGUUAUGCCAAGAAUGACCAGGACAUGAUCGUAUACACAGUCGCAGGGCAGCUUUGGUGCUUUUCCACCGACACGGCGGAGUCUUAUCCUUUAAGUAUCAGUCUUGGGCAUCCGAAUUGUCAUUUGCCAAGAAGCUUGCCAGCUGCUGAAUGGGCUGAAGAGGUCGCACUACAUCCCAAGGGACACCUUAUUUCUUGCUUGUGCCGUGGCUCUGUCUAUGAAAUGCCCUUAUGGGAAGGUCCAGUCAUGCGGCUGCCGAAAGAAGUUUGCAGCUGUGUAGCCUUUUGCUACCUGUGCUGUGGUCGUGUCUUGACGGUAGCAGAUUCAAACUUACCCAACUGGACUCUCGCGAUCCAUCCAGCUUACCCCAUGCUCCACUGCGAGGAAACGGGAAAGAUUGGGGAUGUAUUGCGUGAUCUCACUGAUAUUGUCUUGCCAACGCAAAGCUUUAUUCUGCCAGAUAUGCGAGGGCAGCUAUCUAGUAUCACUGCUUCUCCUGUUCACGACGCUGUUUUGAUUACGACAUCCCGGAAUGAGUUGUGGUUGGUCGAGUUUUGCACUGAUGAUGGAGAUCGCCCGUCAGCAGAGCGACCCUUUGCCAGAACAGACACUAUUCUUCAUUUGGAGUCGUCACAGCUCGACUUGAGUGAGUGGGAAGAUGGGAUUUCAGAUCCAUCAUGGUCUCCGGAUGGGGAGUGGGUCGCAUACUGCCGGAAAGAUUUGCAGCAUGGUUCGUCCCUCAUCUUGUUGGAAUUGAAGAGCCGUGUGAAAACCGUUGUCGCAGAUUCGACAUUCAUGAACUUCUCUCCUAGCUUCGAUCCUGAUGGCUCGUACUUGGCUUUUCUAUCCACACGGUCUUUUGCUCCCGUGGAGGAUGACGUCACUUGCAAUUUGAGUUUUGCGCAUGGUGCUGAUGUGCCCUUCCUGGUCCUGUUGCAGAAAGGCUGCCGGAAUCCAUUCCUUCGCUUGGCCCAGUCUCAGUCCCAAUUGGAUGGUGAUGGUGAAGCUGAGAGCUCGUGCUCUGGUGAGAGUGAGGCCGAAGAAAUGAGCAAGGUCAAGGAGGUACUUGUUGACCUAGAGGGCAUUGAGAACAGGCUUUUGAAAUUCCCGGUGAAAACUGGUCGAUACAAGAAGUGUGCUUGGACUUCAGGUGGCAAAUUUCUUUACAUGCGAGAGUCACCUCGACCAAGUUGCCCCCAUGAAGUUGGUGCUGAUGAUGAUGAUGAUGACGAAAAGGAGGAUCACAACUUCUUCUUGAGCUUUGACUUUCGCAAUCUGAAAGAAGAGAAACUCUGGGAAGAUGUGAGUGAUUUUUCUCUUAGCUUGAAGUUGGAGGACAUGGUUGUUUGCAAAUGUGGGGAUGAUCCAGAGUAUAUGGUGGCAUCUGCGGGAAAAGGUGCAACUGAAAUGCAGGAUGAUGCAAGCGAAGCAAGCUCGACAAUAGGUCCUGAGUCUGGCACCCUUGACUUGAGCAGAAUAAUGUUGCAGGUGGCUUUCGCCGAUGAGAAAGUGCAGACGUUCACGGCAAUUAAGGAAUUUGUCAAGGAGUGUCUUUUUGACCCAGAGUGUGGAGGUUUGGAUUGGGAUGGGCUAUGUGAAUCGUACUCCAAGGUAUUACCCCGAAUUGGCAGCUGGACAGAGCUGACCGACCUUUGCACAGAGAUGCUUGCAGAACUAGGCCUGAGCCAUGUGAGCCUUGAUACAUCCAAGGAAGAGUUCGCAGAGUCGCGGAGCGGAUCGGCGAACGAUCUGCGAACUAUGGGAGUGGCAGAGUGCUCAUGGCGAGACUUCACGACCUUUGGAGCCUAUGAAGUUGAGAAGUUAAUUGAAGGCGAUCGAUGGGAUCCUCAGAGCAGUGGUCCAGUGGCGCGGCCAGGAGUUGGAAUGACAGUUGGAACUUUGAUUUUGGCGAUCAAUCGAAUUCAGGUUUGCAAAUCAAAGCCUUUGGAGCAGCUGUUAGCUGAAAGCAACUCUUCAGAGGUUUUUGUCACCUUUGUGCCUGCGGAAAACGUUCAGUCGUUCCUGUCAAUACAGGAAGCCCUCAAGGAGCAUGGUGGGGUGGAGGGUUUUCACAAUGCCUGGAGCCGCUUCAACCAAACAGAUCCUAGUCGAAGCAAAAAAGGCAAGAAGGAUAAGAAGGGAAAAAAGCAUCAGAGAAAGGGUGCUAAAGAGGAAGAGACUGAGCGUAAGCUGGCUGCCAUGUUCAAGAAGAUGCAUAUCGAAAAUGUUUCCGUGUGGAGAACCGUGCGGGUGGCGACAGCUGACGAAAACACGAGGAAGAAUGCGAUUAUGCGUGAUUUGGUUGAGAUGAAUGGGAGAGUGGUGAGUGAGGCCACCAACGGGCGGGUAGGCUACAUUUUGGUUCCGGACACUGUUCGGCUGGGCUUUGUGGAGUUCUACCGCUACUUUCCACGCGAAAGCUGCAAAGAUGCAAUGAUCAUUGAUUUGCGCUGCAACAGUGGCGGUUUUGCAGCAGAAUUGUUCUUGAAGCAGCUGCAACUGGGUGUGCUUGGAUGGACGGUCCCACGACCUGGUCGGCGUCCAACUCGAUGCCCUGAACUGGGUGCUCGUGGUCAAUUUGUUUUGCUCGUGGAUGAAAACACCUGCUCCGACGCAGAGUUCUGGGCUGAUGCAUUUCAGCGUUCUGGUGCUGGUAAGGUUGUGGGCGUUCGGACUUGGGGCGGGGUCACGGCUACAGGAGCGGCUGAUUUGCAUCUCAUCGCUGGCGGUCAGUUGACAUUGCCUGAUUCCCACUACUUUGCUUGCGGGAGGACUGGCUUCUCAUUGGAGAACUGGGGUGUGGUGCCUGAUACAGUUGUUGAGUGGCCCCCGGAUUCUCCGAAGGGUUCAGACCCUCAACUUCGUGAAGGAAUUGCAGAAGCCAUGCGGUUGUUGGAUGCAGGUGGUGGAGGGACGGAAGGAGUCACCAUUCCAAGCUUCCCUCGAACCCGAUUGCACCGCCAAUAUGCGCAGAAGCAACAGAGUUGA